AUGGGGGGCGGAGGCGGAGGGAACUUACAUGGGCUCGCGUGCCAGAACACGAACAGAAGUUGUGGCGGUAUUAGAUUUCGCAGGAGCAGUGGGGCGGCUAAUGGUAAGGGAAAUGCCAGGACUACACCAACCAGUUUUGUUGCUUCUGGAGUCUCCUGCACACCAGACGCACCUCAGAAGAAAGAUAAGGAAAAAGGGCGUUUCAGAGCAGUAUGUGCAAAAUUUGCAAGACAGGGGAGCGGAGCUAAUUUAACUCGAUCAAAGGACGUUUCUCUUCCUGGCCAAACACUGAGCAAGCAGACGAAUUCCAGUUCGUGUCCGACAAGUUCGCAGCAGACGGACCCGACAAGCGCUAAAACCCAGCAAAGCGGCGUGCAAGGAGCUCCUUUAUGCCUAAAUCCGGCAGCCACUCCACCGAUUAUGCGAUGUCUUCUUCUCGCGCGCGUUUGUCUAGGCGAAGUGUACAAGGCUGUUUCUCCUAUGCCAGAUGCACGCAUGCCGCCCAACAAGCCGACCACUGCAUCGGCAAAGCUAGCCUAUGACUCAGUGAUGGCGGAGUGCCGUACACGUGGGGGCGUUGUGGACGGUGUCGAGUUCGUGGUGUUCGAAAGGGCACAGGCAUUGCCGGAGUUCAUCAUAACGUAUUCGCAUGCCGCACACUGUCAGUGUGCUGAGUGUCACCGACAGCCUGCUCAGUAG